AUGGACGACGAAAGCUGGGCGCUGCUGCAUCCUAUCGUGGGUGCCAGCAACCUUGGCCUUGUCUUCCUACUGUCGCUCCCAUCUCUCCACCAGCUUUGGACCAAAGCCCAAUUCGCGCGGCGCAACCGCGGCGCUCAAGGCGACGGUGCAUAUGAGGUCGUCCCACAGCUGUUUGAGAGUGCAGACGGCAAAGCUACCGAGGCGUCUGUGGCAGCAUUUUCCGAUCGGCAGCCUCGUCUUGGCGCAUAUCUCAGCCUGUAUCUCGGCCUUGCAGCAUCCAUCACAUCGGCGAUACUGUUGACACUCGUUACAGCACCACCCGCAUCGUUAGACCGGCCUUGGCUUUUCGCGUUCGACAACUGGGCAGACGUCCCUGCAUGGGCCUUCAUCUGCCUCCAGUUGGCCAGCACCCCGGCCAAAGAACAGUACGACCAGCGGUGGGUGCUUUCUAUCAUCGCGUUUUCGUCGAGCGCCCUGCUCGUCGGCUCUCUCGGAUACCGCUACGGCUACAAUAUUGUGCACAUCCUGGCUGGUCAAAAUGUGGCUGCCGAAGACGGGCUUGCCACUGGCACGGCCGUCUGCUGGCUCGUGCAAGUACUUGCUGCUCUGGUCGCUACCUUAUGCUUCGCAACGUUUCCCCAUCGCCCCGACGUCUACUACAAGGGCGACCUGGUUGAUCAGCAACAUGCCGUAUCUAUUCUCUCUCGCUUCAGCUUCAACUGGAAUAAAAUCGUUUUUGACAUUGCCAACGCACGGAAACUGGAGCUUGAGGACCUACCCAAUCUUGACGGCAACACUCGCUCAUCCUGUGUGAACGAACGCUAUCUCGCCCGUGGUGGCAGUGCCGGUGGUCCCAAAGGCCGUCUCUGGUGGCAGCUUCUGGUGGCGUACAAGUGGCCGUUGCUCCUGCAGUGGGCAUUGACAUUCGUUCGUUCGGUUUUGGCCCUGUUCCCACAGUUUGUCAUUUACCAGUUCCUCGAGGGGCUGGAUAACCACGAAGGGGGCAACAAGGCUGCCAACCCAAAACUCUGGGGCUGGGUUAUUGGCAUUGGUGUCAGCCUGGUCCUUCAGAUCUGGAUUGGCAGCGCACAACGCUGGCUCACAUCGAGCCAUCUUGAGGCACCACUGAACUCGCUGGUCCAGACUCUGAUUUUCCAGAAGGCUCUGCGUCUUGACGAGGCUGCUGACCCCGGCCACAAAGUUGCCGAAGGCGAUGGAAAGACAGGAAACAAGGACAAGAAAGGACCUAAAAAGCCAGAGGGCGACGUCCGCCAAUCUGUUGUGAACCACAUGAAACUCGACAGCGGCCGUAUGAUGAUUUUUUGCACAUACAACUACUGGUUUCCUCUCGCUAUUUUUAAGCUGAUCCUUGCCGGCUCCGUCUUGAUAAAGUUUCUUGGUUGGAAGGCGUUUUUCUCUGGCUUCUCAUGCGCUCUAUUGGUCUACCCCAUCAGCCAUGUGAUGUCUAAGAAGUACGCAAAGAUCCAGUUUGGCCUCAUGAAGUACCGCGAUGCCAAGGCCCAUGUCUUGACUGAGGCGUUGCAAGGUAUGCGCCAGAUCAAAUAUUCGGCUCUUGAGCAGCUGUACGAAGAAAAGAUCAUCCAGAGCCGCAACGAAGAGCUGCGGCAGUUUUGGCGUGUGGCCAAGUGGAUGUGCUCACUCAGCUUUAUUAUCAACACGGGACCCAUUAUGCUCUCUAGCAUUUCUAUUGCAGUGUACACGUUUACAACGCCGACCCACGUUCGUGCCUCGGUGAUCUUCGCCUCUCUUGGCUUGUUUGACCAACUGGACGAGGCCAUCGGAUACCUACCUCUGAUCCAGGUGUACCUCAUGGAGGCUUGGACAAGCUGUGUUCGUGUUGAGAAGUACCUCAACCAACCCGACAAAGCACCUGUCGCCGACCAAGGUGACAGCGUAGUCUUUGACAACGCCACUGUGCGGUGGCCUCGCGUUGAGGAUUCCGACGUCCCGGCCAACGGCGAAUCGCCCGUACUAGCCGCAGCACCUGCUUCUCCUCCCCCUGAACAAUCGUCUGUUACAGACAAUGCCGGUACAAAUGUUGCGCCAGAAGAGACGCGUUCGAUCCUGCGCAACAUCGAUGUCGCGUUUCCCAACGGAGAGUUGAGUCUUAUCACUGGCAAGACUGGUGCUGGCAAGAGCCUUCUCCUGGCCGCCAUCCUCGGCGAGGUGAAGCUGUUGUCUGGUACUGUGCGAGUCCCAACGGCCCCGCCUGUCUCAGUGAUCGAAAACCAGAACAUCAACGAAAGCGAUUGGGUCCUGCCGUCGCUCACGGCGUUUGUGUCGCAGUCACCGUGGGUGGAAAGUGGUACACUCAAAGACAACAUUCUUUUUGGUAUGCCGUUCCGGGAAGUCCGGUACCGCAAAGUUCUCCAAGCCUGUGCCUUAGCCAAGGACAUUGAGCUUCUGGCUGACGGCGACGCAACCGAGGUUGGACCCAAGGGUGUCACGCUUUCCGGUGGGCAACGUUGGCGCGUUGCUCUCGCACGUGCUCUAUAUUCUCGCGCUGGUAUCCUCAUUCUCGAUGAUGUAUUGAGUGCUGUUGAUACCCACGUCGGCCGGAACAUUGUGAACGAAGCGCUUUCCGGUGACCUUGCUAAAGGCCGCACACGAAUCCUCGCCACCCACCAUCCCGAAAUGUGCAUGGCCUACGCUUCCUAUCUUGUACGGCUCGAUAGUGGCCGUGUUGAGGGAGUGGAGAAGAUCGAGCGCGACCAAAAUAAAAGCUCGCCCGCGGAAACCUUUGCUCCUGCCGAGGAAGACGAGCCAGCUGGAGGAGAUAGCAGUGGAGCAACGACAGGGGACGGUGACGGUGACGGUGAUGGUGACAAGGCUGCCAAUGACAAGAAGAAGGAUUCUGAGGACCGUGAGACUGGCCGUGUCAAGUCCCGAGUAUACCGGGAGUAUGUCCGUGCUAGCAAGUCAUUGCUCCUUUGGCUGCUCAUUCUCGCUCUGCUGAUUUCGAGUCGGCUGCUUAGCGUUGCCACCACAUGGACCCUCAAGGAGCUCUCAGCCAGCUACGAUAUCGAACCGAGCAUUGCUAGCCAUCGGCUAUAUACUCAAACUGCUGAGCCUGAGUGGGAUUGGCAGAUUCGCGCCCCGGCGGUUACGUUCCUGCCGACAGUCUCGCAACAAGUCCCGGUUGAUGAUGACGCUAAUUACCGCAAAAACAUUAUUUUCUGGAUCACGGCCUAUGUCUUGUUUGACUACUCCACCCUAAUUGUUAGUAUCGCGCAGCAGCUGCUUAUCAUGUUUACGGGCUUGCGUGCCUCGCGGGUUCUGUUCGAGAAGAUGACGCACUCGAUCCUCCGCGCUCCUCUUAGCUGGAUCGAUAAGACGCCUACUGGCCGUGUCCUGAACCGCUUCACCUCCGACACUUUCACUGUGGACCGGCGUCUCGCCAGUGAUUUGAGUUCGUUCCUUCAGAGUGCCAUUGGACUUGUAGUGAUUAUUGCAGCAAGCGUGUCUGUGUCGCCCUUUAUUAUUAUCUUCGGUAUUGGUCUACUUGUCUUGUAUGCUCGUAUCGCCAGUGUGUAUAUCUCUGCCGCACGCGAAGCGAAGCGCAUCAACUCUGUGGCGCACUCGCCCGUGUAUGACCAGUUCAGCUCCGUCUUAACGGGCCUGUCUACCAUUCGCGCUUUUCACAGAACGGACUUUUACAUGGACCGUGUCUUCGGCCUCAUCGAUAAUUCAGCCAAGGCAAGCUGGGCGCUGCAGCUUCUAGCUCGGUGGAUGAAUUUCCGCAUGGGCAUGUUUGGCGCCGUGUUCGUAACGGCCGUGGCCAGUUGCAUUGUCUUUGGAAAUGUCGAAGCAUCUUUGGCGGGCUUCGGACUUGUAUUCGCUUUGCGCUACACAAGCUCUCUAUCCCGGCUACUUGCCAAUGUUACCAGCAUCGAGCUCGGAUUCAACGCGGCGGAACGAAUCCUCGAGUACAUCGAUAUCGAUACCGAGUCCGAAGGUGGCCGCGAUGUGCCUGCGGCGUGGCCGACCAAGGGACAUAUUGAGGUGGAGAACCUGACCGUCAGCUACGGACCAUCCCUGCCCCCUGUCUUGAAGGAGCUCAAUUUCGAAGUGCAACCUGGCGAGCGCAUAGGUGUCGUGGGGCGUACUGGUGCAGGAAAGUCGACUCUUGCUGCCGUUUUCUUCCGUCUUCUCGAGUCGCAAGAAGGCACCAUUCGGAUCGACAACAUCGACAUCUCGACACUCAAGCUAGACCAGCUGCGUAGCCGGCUAGCUAUUAUUCCUCAAGAUCCGUUCCUGUUUUCCGGAACGCUGCGCUCGAACCUCGACGUUGAGGACUCCAUUGAUGACUAUGACCUGCACCACGUAUUGAAGCGUGUCCACCUUGUCGAGCCCCAGGUCGAGGACGGCGCGCAACCUUCUGGGGAAGCAGCUGGCUCUAUUUUCGACCCUGUUGCUAGGGCUCAACUGGUGAAAGACCACACGGGUGAGGAGGUCGCCCGUCUGCUGCCGUCAAAUGGCGAGGAGACUACAGUCGAAGAAGACGCGGCAAAUCCGAUCGAUGGGACGGUUGUUGCUUCAGACUCUGCAACCGACGUGGGCUCAAGGACACCCGAGGGAGAGAGCAGCGAGACCACGGCACAGGGCGGUAGCAACGGCAAUUCCAGCGACGUCGAUAGUGUUACUAAGAGCGCCAUUGACGACGAAGUCAACAGCUUCACGAACCUAGCGAUGCCCAUUUCCACGGGCGGUGGCAACCUCUCGCAGGGCCAGCGCCAGCUCGUUUGCCUCGCGCGUGCUCUUUUGACGCGGCCAAAGAUUGUCGUACUGGACGAGGCGACCUCGGCCGUGGACCGCGGAACGGACAGUGCUAUCCAAGAGUCGCUCCGGCGGGAGUUUGCCUCGGGUGGCUGCACGGUGCUCGUCAUUGCUCACCGUUUGAGCACAGUGGUCGAUUUCGAUCGUCUACUAGUUCUUCGGGAAGGUCGCGUUGCUGAGAUGGGCACACCUCGGGAACUUAUGGAGCGCGGCAUGGCUUUGGACGAGAGGCGGGCCGCGAGGGCCAAGGAAGCGGCUGAGGCUGGCCAGCCGGAGCCAGACGAGGAACGUUCGGAUAGCACAGGCGCAUUCUGGGAGCUGGCCAAGAAAAGCGCGGAGAAGGAGAAGCUGCUAGAAAUGGUUUUUGGGAAGAACGCUCCUGCCACAGAUGCGUAG